UGCUCUUUCCGUUUUUCUUCCGCCCGUGGGAGCGAGCGACUGUUGCGAGAUUCUAUUUUGUCCAUUUCGGUGGCGAUGGAGAAUUCAGACGGCGAAGAAGUUUCCGACAUGACUACGAUCUCUCAGCAUGUUUUCUCCGUCGACGGCGACUCGGAACCUGCCUUCUCAGUCUCUAUCAUCGAGAACAUGAAGGAAGAAUACGGGCUGUUUGUUUGGCCGUGUAGCAUUAUCCUCGCGGAGUAUGUUUGGCAGCAGAGAUCGCGAUUUCAGGGUUCUAGUGUUCUCGAGCUUGGUGCUGGCACUUCCUUGCCUGGCUUAAUAGCCGCAAAGGUUGGGGCAAAUGUCACGCUGACCGAUGACUCGAGCAGACCAGAGGUUCUGGAGAAUAUGAGAAGAGUGUGUAAGCUGAAUGACCUGAACUGCAAUAUUAUGGGUCUGACGUGGGGAAUCUGGGAUGCACCGAUAUUUGACUUGCGUCCAGGCAUUAUACUAGGGGCUGAUGUGUUGUAUGAUUCAAGCGCAUUUGAUGAUCUCUUUGCUACCGUGGCAUUUCUGCUCCACAGUUCUCCAGAUUCAGUUUUCAUCACCACCUAUCACAAUAGGAGUGGGCAUCAUCUUAUCGAGUUCCUGAUGGUUAAAUGGGGCCUAAAGUGCGUUAAACUUCUAGAUGGCUUCUCGUUCUUGCCACCUCACAAGUUAUCCGCACUUGGCGGAAACAUUCAGUUGGCAGAAAUCGUAUCAGGUUCUAAAUCAGAUGCUUAGGGCCUGAUCAAACAUGUUGAUGGAACAGUAGUAAACCACUCGUCUGAGUAAGAAAAGAGACAAAGACGGCAUUAUUACAGUCACAAAGGGGCCAUACGGGACAAAGACAAGACACACACCGAAGACACCACCACCAUAAUAUCACCUUGAAAUCGCAGCACUCAGUGUUUUGGUCGUCUCAGCAGGCAUCUCAACAUCAUCGUCGCCACCGGUCUCUUUGAGCCUUGAGGUAGAGAGUAAUUUUGGUUCCUCUUCCCAGGGGGUCACCGUUCACAUCCCUAGUGACAGUGAAAGAACCAUCGGCUUGAGACUCCCAGACAUACUGAGUAAAACCCCACACCGAGCUGACCGAUCAUGCUUACGUCUGCUCCUACUUGUAUUGCCUCCAUGAACUCCUUCGUUCCCGACCUUGCGAUCGUUCCCAAAUUGUUGACCAGAUCUAUUAUAUAACGCAGAAGCAAAAGCCAUCCCGUCAAAAAAAGAAAAGAAAGAAAACGAAUGAAAGCUACGAUCUUUGGGAUAUGAAACAGUAAAAUCCUGUCGAUGAUGGACAAGGUGUUGUUGGUUUUGUCGGGGAGAAGCCGGAUGAAGAGAUCGAGCUUGCUUCUGUAUGUUAAGCUCUCGAAUCGGAUUUUGGCCAAAGCCUGCGAUAUACCCAAUGACCUCCAGCCCCAUUUCAGAAGAAAUACACGAACAUCAGAGGAGUUGCUGGUGAGUUCACGGAGGAAGAUCUCUCUGUUGCUGAUUGAUCUCUGCUUGGAAUGCGAAUGUCUCCUUCUCAACACCCGCCAUUGCUGCACCUUUCGAGCUCUUCUUCCCCUUUAUUUUUUUCAAUUGGAUGCCUCAGAUUAAGACCUCAGAUGGGCUUCGAUUACUGGAGAAUUCUUGAGUGUGUGUGUGUGUGUGUGUUUGUUCGUUAGGUGAGGAGAAGGAUCAGUAAAUUUACUGUGGGGUUAAUAUUGGCAAUUAAGGGAGAAUUUCGGAAAAUCGUACACUUGCUUCUGAAAAUAUCAUCUCUAGAGUUUGA